AUGGUGGUGGCUGUUAACCCUACAGAGUUUGAGUACCUGGAAGGCAACAUACCCUCAGAGUGGGAUGGUAAUGUUGAAACACUGACACUUUAGAUAUAUGUCUGCUAGUCUCCAUGAUAUGGUGUCAUGGAGCCUGUGAAUCUGGGGCUCGGAAUACACUGUAGUACAGAAUAGUGCUAGGCAACAACAACUGUACUAGAACUAACAUUAAUCACCUAUGCUAUUUAUUCAGAAAUGUAUUCAUGAAUGUAUCAAAGUCACCCUAUCCAUUUUCCAUACAACUAGAUACAACAUGUUCUGUCUCUGACUUGCUUUAUCCACCUUAAGCCCUCCUCAUCCCUCUCUCAUGCAUUUUCAUCAGGAUGCUAAUAAGAGGGGGAUAAGAAGUCUAGAGUCCCGGCAUGCUGAAGGAAAAGCUGGGAAAUCUCUCUCUUUCUCCAGAGCCUGCCCUGCCAAAAUACACCUAAGAAAGAACAGAGAAGAAGGAAGAGAUAGAUAGAUGUAGAGAGGUUUAUCUAAGGAUCAGAGGAGAAGAGAUCUGCAGUCUCUUGCUUUAUGCAGUACAGUAGUUGAAAUGCAGUAACAGUACUACAGUCCUCUUUCUGCUUAGACUGGCAAAUCAGAGUGAUGCCAAAUUCUGGCUGUUGUCAUGUAGGCUAUCAAGCUGGAAUUGUAAUGAAAGGAAAGGUUUCAGAUCACUUACAGUUAGAUACUGUUUUAAUUUAACUAUAGAGUAAUUACACAAGUGUGAUGCCAUACAACUGCCGUUACAUUGGAUAUCAAGUGUAACUGAUAAUUUUGUUAGCGUGGUAUGUGUGCAGUGUGGGUGUUCGAACUCUCGUCUGUCUGUUCCCUCAUCCAGCUUGGAUCCGAGGCAGACGGAAGCAGCCCCCUUCCAUUGAGGUGCGUAUCACUGCUGUGUUUGAGGGGGGCUCUAUGGGACGGGGUACCGGUAGGGAAGAGGCUCAGAGAAACACUUUGAUUUGCUUUCUCUCAGUUUCCAACAGAGCCAGGAAACUUUGGGGGACAGGUGUUAAAAAUAAACUGGAGCUGGCAUGUGAUGGUGCUAGUGAGUGUAGACAGUCCCAGCAAUAUCACUGACAUUUCGAUGUCAAGCUGACGUCUUCCUCAGAGGAAACAUCAGUCAUCUUUUCGCAUCCUGUACAAUGGAUUAAAGCGAGCAAAAAUAAAUAAAUCUCUGCCUUAUUUUGUUGAGUGCUCCAACUCCUUUUUACCUCUUAAUUAGUCCUUUUGGAAGUUUUUCUUGGUAAGCCAUGAUUUUUGUCAUUGUUGUUGAGCACCCCUCCUUUCCUUUGUUUGCUGAAGAGCGAAGGCCCACCUGAACUCUGACAUCUUAAUGUUUCCUUGUUAAUAGAGGACGAUUGACUUGAAAUUAUACACUGAGUGUACAAAACAUGCUCUUUCCAUGACAUAGACUGACCAGGUGAAUCCAGGUGAAAGCUAUGAUCCCAUAUUGAUGUCACUUGUUAAAUCCACUUCAAUCAAUGUAGAUGAAAGGGAGGAGACCAGUUAAAGAAGGAUUGUUAAACCUUGAAACAAUUGAGACAUGGAUUGUGUAUGUGUGCCAUUCAGAGGGUGAAUGGGCAACACAAAAUAUUUAAGUGCUUUUGAAUGGGGUAUGGUAGUAGGUGCCAAGCACACCGGUUUGGGUCAAGAACUGCUGUGUGUAUCCAGCCAAUUUGACACAACUGUUGGAAGCAUUAUAGUCAACAUGGGCCAGCAUCCCUGUGAACGCUUUCGACACCUUGUAGAGUCCAUGCCCCGAUGAAUUGAGGUUGUUCUGAGGGCAAAAGGGGGUGCAACUCAAUAUUAGGGGUUGUGGUAAUGGCUGGAGUGGCAUUGGUGGAAUGGUAUCAAACACAUUUGCUCCGUUCCGGCCAUUAUUAUGAGCCGUUCUCUCCUCAGCAGCCUCCACUGGAAGGUUCCUAAUGUUUUGUACACUCAGUGUAUAACUGCCUUUAUAGUCUAAAUAAGCCAGAUUCAGUUUUAGCUUUGUUGAUAUACAAGGUUCAUCUUAUUGACUAUAGGAUAAUUAUUAUUUAUCCAUUGAAAUGGAGGCUAUGGGAAAUCCCUUGGAAGGCUAAUACCCAGGCACCUCCCUGCCUAUAUAUUCCAUGCCAAUGGCCAAUGCCAUCCCACCUCAGUGUUGCCAGAACAAUCCAAUUUUCUGCCUACUAUCUGCCCAGUCGUCCACAGCUGGACAGUGGUGUAGCCAAAACCACUCCCCCUGCACUUUACGUCCCCUUAACGUUUCCUCUCGUCCCUGUCCAAGUCGACAUAAAUUGAUUGGAUUAAAUCCUGUCAUUAACAAGCUGGAAAAGCGGCUCAAUAUGCUCGCCUCGCUCCCCAAAGCAGGUCUGUAUGGCCCUGGUCUCCCCUCGCUGUUCCAAGCCCACUAGUUCUGCUGCCAACACACAACAGCAACACAUCCAGGCUUCCCUCGCUUUCUGACUCUGCCAAGGCAAGACUAACACUACAGACUGGACACUAGCUUAUGGAUGACUUGAGAGGACUUCACUGUCACUAGUAGCUAUCCCUUCAAAGGACUGAGUCUCUGUUGAAAAGCUUUGGUUAAUAUUGUGUGUGUGUGUGUGUGUGUGUGUGUGUGUGUGUGUGUACCGUACUCCACACAGGAGCUGGUGAAAAACCAGCACUACAGGGAGCACAUCAAAGGAAAGGCAAGGGAGGUGGAAGAGAGAGAGCUGGCUCUGCAGGCUAAGGAGUACGAGGAGGGCCUGGUGGCUCGGCCUACUCAGACCAUAGCCAAGGGCCACGCCGCCGCCACCAGCUUCGGCCAGCCAGAGACCAGCGAGGAGCCUGUCAGUACAGCCAACACAUUCCAGCCUGGCUCCUGGACACCCGCAGCCAAGAAAUAGCCACGCACACACGCUCACUGGGUCACGAUACCGCAAUACUGGAUUUUCCAUGGUAAAAAAUAAAAACAUGAAGCAAACUGAGCUCCAUAGUACUUUAAAAACCUGCUGCUGUGUGAAAAUAAACAAAUAUGACUCUCGGUAACAACAGAAGACUGUGUGUUUGCAAGAUUAGACUGUUAUUUCUGAGUAUCACGAUACUGGUACCUAACACACACUAUCGUACAUACAAGAAAACACAUAUAUAUAUAUAUAUAUAUAUAUACACACACAUAGGCUAUAUACAGUGCUAUUCAUAGUUUGCCCACACACAUACAUAUUGUGCAUAUGCACUCAUCAUACCUACAUCCAAGAAACUAGACAUGGGUAAACAAGUAUAGGCCCUCCCUAUGUGAGUAUUCACAGGCUUCCUUCCAUCAUUUCCACCUUGGAUCGGCGACCUGGAAAGACUGAACAAUUGAAAUCAGCAAGAUAGAGAAAGGAUGAUGGGAAGGAAGCACGAUCUGGCCAGCUUCAAUGGCCUUUUCUCAUUUGAGCAGAAGUCCGUCCUCCACCCUCUCUUCCGUGACCCAGAAACUGAUAAGUGGCCGAGGAGAUGCCAAUUCGUUAGCAGGCGAACAAACGUGUCUUCCCCUCCUCGAUAGCCACCUUUCAUCGGGGAUAGUCAUUUGUAUCCUACCUGAGUUCUUCGCGGAAGAGUUUUGAAAUCUGCCACAUCCCCGUUUGAAUCAGCUUUUGUUUUGUCUGAGAAAAUCAUGCACACGUUUAAAAACAAUAUGCUACUUAUGGUUUUAUCUAUAAAAUGUCUUGCACAACUAACUAAUUUGUUUAUCACUUUGCACAUGCAUUUUGGGAUCUGUACUGGGUUGUAUUCAGUAGUGCACACCAUAAAACAUUUGGCAACGCAAACCGGUCACUCCGCUCUAAAACAUGACGUAAGUGGUUUAUUGAACAUGACCCUGGUUAUGAUGUAAACUAAUAAUAGGAGCUCUGCUCUUCAUUUGAAAAAACAUUUUAUUGCAUUGAAUCAGGGAAUGGCAUUCAUGGGGUGUGGAAGACAAUUUAUCUGAUCUCCCUGACGUACUGUAAACGCUUUGUAUAUAAAGUUAUGUUGUAGGUAAUCAAGGUAUAUUGUUUGAUGAUUUGUUGUGGAUUGUAAAUGAAACUACCAGGCUUGAGAGAACUGGGAUGUGAUGUAAGUGCUGGGAAGUAGGUGGUCGCAAUGUUGUGAUGGUGGGUUCGAUUAUCCACAGCGACUAACAGUUAGUGCACUCGUCUUAAGGUAGCAAGGUGUGCAUGCACUACUCUAAGUUGAUUUUGAUAAAGUUUCUGCUAAAUGGCAUACAUAUUAAAUAUUUGUCUGCGUGACAAGGUGCAAUUUAUUUAACGGCGUUACGUAUUUGGUAUGUUAUAUAUACACAUCCCCAACACACGACACUACAAACCUUUUAACCAAUUUUGUUUUUUAAUUAAAUGAAGGAAAGGGUAUCACACAGCUCGCAAGAUAGUAUGAAAAAAAAAAAAAAAAAAAUUAUGCACUCACUAACUGUAAGUCGCUCUGGAUAAGAGCGUCUGCUAAAUGACAAAUGUAAGAUGGUUGAAAGACAUGUUGCAGGUCUCAGGAGAAGACAUCCUUUACAUGAAGUGUGUGUUACAUUGUCUCUUGAAAUGACAAGUCUGACAGGUUUAACAUAAUGUGGCAAAAUAGAUGUUAAAAACACACUGAAUAAAACCCAUGUAUGAAAAUUGCCUGGAUCACUUCUUGGUCGAGUUCCUGCCAGACUACAGUACACUCCUGCCAGAUGUAAAAAAAAAAAACUUGGAUAGGUGUUUAACUAUCAGCAAAACACAUGAUAUAGCCAUCCAUCUAUGCCUGACUGAACAGUUGAUGACAUGGCAUGCAACCAUUGGUUGAUGCUGUGCAACACCUGCGCAUCUAGUCAGGCAGGAACUCAAACUUUUCAGUUAAGCAUCAUUCAGGCAGGGUUAGGGGAGGGUUGACGUGCAAGGAGAAAAGCCUUUUAUUUUUUUUACAUGAGUAAAUUCAAAUGGAGAACUGUUUUUUUACUAGUUAAUGAAAUCAUUGGAGUGGAGUUGUUACAAAUGGAAUGCAAAGUACUGCAACAACACCAAGCUCAGAUGGUGGAUCUCCAUAUCGUGAAUUAUACAGACGAUUCCCGUUUACCCGCUGAUGAUAGUCCCAUCGAAUGAGCCUCCCCGGUCUAUACAGUUCCCUCAGCGCUAUAAGGCCUCCUACACUGGACAGGAGUAA